CAGUGCCCGCCGUAUUCGUGUGCCGUGUGCGUGUUUUGCUUUGAACGGAGCCUCUCAACCGUCGAACUCCGGGUUGUAUCGCAGCAAACCGCGCCGUGUCUGUUCUGUCAUUGUUGCCAUUGUUGUUGCCACGGGUUAAUACGCGAGUUUGUGGAGCUCGGUGUUUUUUCGUUCAUUCGUCCGCACAGGAUUGUUGUGCAACCUAGCUUGGUACACAUACAUACACUCAGCCGGGUCAUGGAAGUGGUCGUCGAAGCCCAUCAGUCCAGCUAGUUCGACAGCACUGGUGAAUGAGAAAGGUACCGGCCAACCGACCGACCGACCGACCCCCAAGUGAAGUUGGAUGGUGUUGUUGUUCUUUGUGUUGUUGCCGCAGGGAAGCACAAAGGUGGCUGACUUGCCAUUAGCAGGUUGAUUGAUUGAUUGAUUUGAAACAUCACGCCAACCGCCGCAGUUGUUCUUCGACUUCGAACUCGUCGCCGUCGUCGUUGUUUGUUGUCGUCGUCCUCGACGUAGCCUGCUUGGCUGUUAUCAAGAAGUCGCGCCGAGUGCGUUUUGCAUGAUCGUUUGCGUGCUUCUACUGUUGUCUGGCGGUGUGCAGACAAUUUUUCUAAAAUCGCUUUCGUUCGAACAAGAAGAUGAUGGAACAAAUUCGGUACCAAUCAAGGAUUAUUAGCAGUGUUUAUCAGUGUCGUGUGUGAACACCAUUGUUUGUGAAGUAGCAGCCGCAGUGACAGGUGAAGAGAAAAACGUUCCUCAACUGACAAGUGACUAGUGCGUGUACUUAAGCAACGGUGAAAACCUUACGAAGGCGUAACGCCUCAUCUGUGAUUUAGGGAAAUUGUUUGUGUGUUGCUAGAAGUUAAGAUAUCUAGUUGAAAAAAAAUGUUGUGCAGGAGUCCUCCGCCAGCAAGUCCGGCAGGGUCGGAAAUUUCAGUCGGAUCCCCGAGUCCACCACCGGUGGAACAUCAUCAUCCGCAUCAUCUCCACCACCUGCCAACCCACCACAGCCGGCCCGAAGACUACUUCAGUCCGCUGAAAAGGUUACGAAUGGUCGAGCAUCACCACAACAGUACAAGCCCCAAGGAUCCGUCGAGCCCCACGCGGGAACCUCCCAGUCCACCGCCCACAGCAGCCACAGUCCCAUCAGCCGCCCCCACCUCCAGCGUCAAGUCCUUCUCGAUAGCGGACAUCCUCGGCCGGGACACGGACAGCAGCAAUCAUCGCGAGAGUGCGUUAGCGUUACAUCAGCACCACAGUACGCUUCAGGCCGCCGCAACCAAAAUCGUCCGACCAUGGGAUCACCUUCGGGGGCCGAUCCCGGUGCGACCAUUCCUGCCACCUGCCCUGCUCCACUACGAACAUCGGCUAGCGCUCGACUACCACCAGCAGCUGCAGGAACAUUUCCGGGCCCAGGCCCAGCUGCUGCGGCACAUGAGCAUGGACAUCAUCCCCUCGGAGAGCGGCUCGGAGCGGUCCAGCUCCGCUGCGAGCGGGGACUGCUGCUCCCCGGAAAUCGGCCGAACCUCGGACCAUCAGUCGUCGCAAUCGUCCUCGCAGUCGGGUGGAUCCGGCGCCGGUGGUGUUGGGGGAUCCGGUGGUGGAAAAUCUUCGGGCCAGAAGGUGACCCCGAACGGGACCCCGCUGGAUGCGCUGUUCCAGAUGACCAACAAAAACUUCGACGAAAGCACAGACGACGGAGAGCAAUCGCAUUUGAACCUAUUCGCCAACCGGCCGCAGCCGAAGAAGAAGAGGAAAUCCCGGACGGCCUUCACCAAUCACCAGAUCUUUGAGCUGGAGAAGCGGUUCCUCUACCAGAAGUACCUCUCGCCGUCGGAUCGAGACGAAAUCGCGGCCGCCCUCGGACUCUCGAACGCUCAGGUUAUCACCUGGUUCCAGAACCGCCGCGCCAAGCUCAAGCGGGACAUGGAAGAGCUCAAGAAGGACGUUGAAACGGCCAAAGUCCUCUCGGUGCACAAGACGUUCCUGGAGAACGUCAACGACAUGAACAUCCUGAAGAAGAAAAUCAUCCACGAUGAUCAGCAGAAAUAAUAUUGGUCCAGGGUUCUGGGUACGGUUGUCGGUUGGCCGCCCGAAACGAUGCCACCUUCAUCUUCGUCCUCAUCGAUGACGACGACAGCCACUGCUAGCAAUAAUAGCAAAAUGGCGGCCGAGCAGCAAGCGGCCGCCACCAAAACCCUGAUCCAGCUAACCACCUACGGUCGAUUGCUGCAAACGAUGGCCUCCGAUAAGACUUGAAGUGAUCGUUUUCGUUUUACGACAACGAUGUGUAAAAAAAACCACAAUCAAGUGUAGUUGAAUUGUCACGUAAAAACAAAACGGUACAUUUUCCUCAGUGUGUGCAAACCAGUGAUUAUCUGUACAUUUAGUUUCUUACCUCGUGUUUUAGUUCCAGUGUUUCGGAAAGUUUCGGAACCGUUAAAAAAACGUUACUAGUUUUGUGUAGAUAGAGAAAGCCGAGCGAUGAUAGCAUAAAAGUGCCGAACUGUGGUGUUCGGUUUGUGGUCUCAGUGAAUCCUAAAUCUCCUAUAACAUAAACAUAUUGCAAGAUUAUUGUUCUUAGUCGAUUCUCGCUAGCACCGUAAGAAAUUUAAGAAAACCUUUCAAAACAUUUGAUUGGAUGUAAAUUAUGUGUACAGAAGAUUUUAUUGAAAACACAAAAAUAUAAAAACAAAUAAAUCGAACGCCCGUAUCGAAGAGACAGAGAGACUAAUCAGUAACGAUAGACAAUGUAUUAUAUUUUAGUCUAGAAAAAAAACCGACUCACCACUUACCUAGCUAGCGGCCGAGUGAUCGCGACCUGUAAAUAUCGAUGUUAUUUAAUCAAAAUUUAAAAUCCAAAUCAUAAGGCAAAAACGCGUGGUCGGUCGGUUUAAUCGACAACACUGUUUCGAAAGACAAUUUGAAAAAGGAACAAAUCAACACAGAAAAUAACCGAGUUCGGAGCACAUCGCACCAAUCAGCCAAUAGGAUUUCGGUCAGUCACGUCAACAAAUUGGAGCAACAUUUGGUUUAAUUAAGAACUCGUGAAGUGAUGUGAACAUUCUUCGUCGCUCCAAUGAUGGUAAACGGGAAAAAUACCCGAGAACCAAACAAAAACGAACGAUGGCGGUACGGAUUAAUAAGUCAAUCAAUUUACACUUGGGCUAAAAGUUUGAGUAACCUUUUGAGAAAUCUUCACUGUUUUAAGCGUUCUUGUCAGAUUUUCCGAGCGAGACUAUUUCCAUUGAACAGUAUUUGUGUUUCAGUAACUUAUUUCAGUGUUACUACUUCAAUGAUUCGUCCAUCAACAGUGGGAUCAUUAAUUUUGAUCGGUUUCAGUCACUGAGUACUAAACGGACCAUUUUACAUCGAUGUUUGACUUCAAUGAAGGCCGAAUCGAUGGGAGAAACAAAUUGUAGUCGGAAUCCCCCGGGCCGCUGAACGAUCCUAAUAUAAACGUACUACUCCAAUUUGAACCGUUCUCGUAAACAAACUACUCAAACAUAAAAUUAUCUUUUGUCUUCGUUUAACUUUUGUUUCAAACCUUUGCCUCAGUGAUCUAACUGAUUGAAAUCCUAUGCGCUGGUAAAGGUGUGGCUUCAUUUUAUCCUGUUUGAAUAAAAAUUUUGAAGAAAAAUUCCGAACUAACUUUUAACUUUUAUUUUAGAACACUCCGUUAAAUUGAACUUUCAAAGCUAGGUGUGAAAACAUCUGUUUUUGUUUUUUUUUUUUUCAGUGAAAAAUACACUUAACAGCUUGUGUGUUGAUCUGUCAGAAAAAUAAAAAAAACAAAACCUGUACUAAAAUUGGCUGAGAGGUAGAGUGUUGCUGGUAAAGAAAUUAAAAGUAACUUAAAACAACAAACUGGCUGUUCUAAGUUCCAUCUGAUUGAAUUUAAAAAAUCAAAGGUAAACAAACAACCACAACAAUGUACACUUAGGCUUAAAUUACACAAUUGUUGAAAGGAAACAGCAAUCCCGCGCAAUGUUAAAAGUUAAUCGAAGAGAGAGAGAGAGGGAGAGAAAUAAUGAAGAAAAUAUAUGUAAAUCUUUACAAAUGAAUCUUAA